AGCAAAAAGGAAAAAACGAGAGCGCCCCCUGCUGGAGAGGCUGUUUGCACUAAGCUCUUGAGCUCGAGCAUCGCCAUAUUGACGUCCCAACAACGCUGAGAGGAGGUAACUGUUGUAGCCCCCAGUGAUGACUGUACUGAACCCUGUACCUCCUGAUUAGACUGGUUGGAUGCCCUCAUUUAAUAUCCAGUUGAGCUUUCCUACAACCGAAGCAUAGCUGCAGCUCCUGCUCACUUCUUUUGUCACUCUCAACCUGGAGGAAAACCUUCAGGAGAUUCAUAGAAGAAUAUAUAAGCGGAAUAUGUCAGGCCCUGUUCCAAGCCGUUCUCGAGUUUACCCUGACGUAAACACACAGAGACCUCGGGAAUAUUGGGACUAUGAGUCACACGUUGUUGAGUGGGGGAACCAAGAUGACUAUCAGCUUGUCAGAAAACUAGGAAGAGGCAAAUACAGUGAGGUCUUUGAAGCUAUAAACAUCACAAACAAUGAAAAAGUGGUCGUUAAAAUACUGAAGCCUGUCAAGAAAAAGAAAAUCAAGAGAGAAAUAAAGAUCCUUGAGAAUCUGAGGGGAGGUCCAAAUAUCAUCUCACUCUUAGAUAUCGUUAAAGAUCCUGUGUCUCGAACCCCAGCUCUGGUCUUUGAACACGUGAACAACACAGAUUUCAAGCAAUUGUAUCAGACGCUGUCGGACUUUGACAUCCGCUUCUACAUGUAUGAAAUCUUAAAGGCUCUGGAUUACUGCCACAGUAUGGGCAUCAUGCACCGUGACGUAAAGCCCCACAAUGUAAUGAUCGAUCAUGAACACAGAAAGCUCCGUCUAAUCGACUGGGGGUUGGCAGAGUUCUACCAUCCAAACCAAGAGUACAACGUGAGAGUGGCGUCCAGGUACUUCAAAGGGCCGGAGCUGCUGGUAGACUACCAGAUGUAUGACUACAGCUUGGAUAUGUGGAGCCUGGGCUGCAUGCUUGCCAGCAUGAUCUUCAGGAAGGAGCCGUUCUUUCACGGUCACGACAAUUAUGAUCAGCUUGUGCGGAUUGCAAAAGUACUUGGCACGGAGGACCUGUAUGACUACAUCGACAAGUACAACAUUGAAUUGGAUCCACGAUUUAAUGACAUCCUGGGAAGACAUUCCCGCAAAAGAUGGGAGAGGUUUGUUCACAGCGAGAACCAGCACCUGGUCAGCACAGAGGCGCUAGACUUCCUGGACAAGCUGCUGCGCUACGACCAUCAAGCUCGCCUCACAGCCAGAGAAGCCAUGGAUCAUCCCUACUUCUUUCCCAUCGUCAAAGAUCAGGGAAGGGGGGCCACUCCUGGGGGAAUGGCUGCCAGCUCCACUCCAGUCAGCUCCUCUAGUAUGAUGGCUGGCAUCAACUCCAUGUCCUCCUCACAGCCGCUGGCUAACAUUGCUGGAUCGCCCGUCAUCUCUGCCCCCAACACUUUGGCCACUCAAGUCCCUGCAGCCACCGGGGCCCAACCCUGAAACCACUUCCUGACUUGUGUUAACGUGUGCUUGUGGCCGUGUCCUGCAGCCCAGGGCUAUGGCUUCCCUUUUUAUGUUGGAAAAAGUAACAAAGAAGAAGAUUAAAAAAAGAAGAAAAAAAGCUUUUCACGUUCAGUUCUUUUUUUUUUUUUGACAUAAAUUUGACAGAAGCGCCUUGCUGCGCAUGUCAGGUUGGUUAGAAGUUAAUUUGGGUUUGAUAUUUGACAAUGCCAUUGUCUAGAAAUUCUAAUAAGAUGUAGACAUAAAGAGAAUGGAUAAUAAAAUUUAUUUUGUACGUUCCAAAUAUACAGUCUUGCUUGAAACUGUUUUGAUGGGGAAUCCUGCUGUAUCACACUGUGAACCUUUACAUGACUUCACAAAAACAGUCAGGAAUCUGGAGUGUUCCCACCCCCUCCCACCCCUAAACGACGGCGCUCGCUGGCUGCGCACCAAUGUAAAGUGCAGGAGUCUGUUAGUGUUUAUUUGAAGUUGUUUAGAUGCUAUUCUCAUCCUUCAAUUGGACUUAUGUAGAUAUUCUACAGUUACUGUCUGGUUGCAUGCACCCAAUGCUGAGUUUCACAGGGUCAAUAGAUUGCCAACUUUAUGUUACUUUCACUUCUGUAUGUGUAUGUAAGUGUCCAUGUUUGUUUUUUAUGAAGUCUCUUACACAUGAUUUUGAUUACAUAGAGGAUUUUGUAACGUUUUUGUUUUAUGUUGAGAAGACUCAUCACCUACAGAAAAACAACUUCAAAAAUAAACGAUUUAAACAGGA